AUGUCGGGCUUUGACGUUGGGCGCGUGUACUCUACGCAGGUCUCGGCAGGGUCCGAGAUCUCGCAGGCGCCUGAUGCGCCUGUGCAGAAUGAGACGGCACUCUUUGAGUUUGUGCAGCACUUUCGUCUCGGCAACGAAUACAUUUACCGCGACCGACUUCGCUCGAACCUGCUCGUGAAGCAGUACGCCCUCGAGGUCCUCCUCGAGCAUGUGCAGAUGUGGAGCCCUACGCUGGCGCAGGCGCUGCGUGAGACUCCGGCAGAGAUCCUGCCUCUGUUUGAAUCGGCCGUCCGCCGCGCAGCGCGCUUGAUUCUCUACCCUGUCGUGGCCGGCACGGAGCGUCCUGAGGCGCCCGAUUGCCAGGUGCUCUUGCGCUCGACCGCGAACCUAAUGGCGAUGCGCGACCUGCACGCCGACAACAUUUCGCACCUCGUGCGCAUCCCCGGUAUUGUCAUUUCGACGUCUGUGCCGGCGUCGCGUGUGACCAAGCUCCAUCUCAUGUGCCGCGACUGCCGCGCGGUACGCUCGAUGGAGGUGACGUCGGGCUUUGGCGGUUUCGUACUGCCGCGCCAGUGCGACGCGCCCAAGGUCGACUCGAGCAUCAAGUGCAGCAUCGAUCCCUACGUGAUUAUCCACGAACGCUGCGAGUUUGUCGAUGCGCAGACGCUCAAGCUCCAAGAGGCGCCGGAUAUGGUGCCGGUCGGUGAGCUACCCCGCCAUAUGCUCUUGUCCGUGGACCGUGCGCUGUGUGGCCGUGUGGUCCCUGGCGCGAGUGUGAUUGCAACCGGCAUCUUUUCGACCUAUACCGUACAGCGCUCCGGCACGCAGCCCAACGCGGUCGCGCUGCGCACGCCCUACCUUCGUAUCGUCGGAAUGGAGGUCGAUGCGGGCGGCGCGGGCGGCCGCGGCGUCUCGCGCAUCUUCACUGCCGAGGAGGAGGACGAGUUUGGGCGAAUGUCCAAGAACCCCGAUCUCUACAACAAGUUUUCCGCGAGCAUUGCGCCGAGUAUCUUUGGCAGUGCUGAUAUCAAGAAAGCCAUUACGCUGCUGCUCUUUGGCGGCUCGAAAAAGGUGCUGCCCGACGGCAUGCGUCUGCGUGGCGACAUUAAUACGCUGCUCCUCGGUGACCCCGGUACGGCCAAGAGUCAGCUUCUCAAGUUCGCCGAGAAAGUGUCGCCGAUCGCCGUGUACACCUCCGGAAAAGGCAGCAGUGCCGCGGGUCUGACCGCGUCGGUGCAGCGCGACCCGUCCUCGGGCGAAUUUUACCUCGAAGGUGGCGCGAUGGUGCUGGCCGAUGGCGGUAUCGUGUGUAUCGACGAGUUUGACAAGAUGCGCGACGAGGACCGUGUCGCAAUCCACGAGGCGAUGGAGCAGCAGACGAUCUCGAUUGCCAAGGCCGGCAUUACCACCGUGCUCAACUGCCGUACCUCGGUCCUGGCCGCGGCGAACCCCGUGUGGGGCCGCUACGACGACAUGAAGUCGCCCGGCGAGAAUAUCGACUUCCAGACGACCAUCCUGAGUCGUUUCGACAUGAUCUUUAUCGUCAAGGACGACCACGACGAGUCGCGCGACCGCACCAUUGCCCGGCACGUUAUCGGCAUCCACAUGAACGGCGCGUCGGACCAGCCCGACGCGGAAGGAGAGAUCGACUUGCAGACCAUGAAGCGGUACAUUGCGUACUGCAAGUCGCGGUGCGCCCCCCGCCUCACGGCUGAGGCCGCGGAGAAGCUGUCGAGCCACUUUGUCGGGAUCCGGAAGCACGUUGCACAGGUCGAGCGCGAGCAGGACGAGCGCUCGGCGAUUGCCAUCACUGUGCGUCAGCUCGAGGCGAUCAUCCGUAUGAGCGAGGCGGUGGCCAAGGUGACGCUGAGCCCCAACGCAACCGAGGAACACGUCGACGAGGCCAUCCGCCUCUUCCGCUUCAGUACAAUGAACGCGGUCGAGAGCGGCAACAUUGAAGGCAUGACGCGUGGCGAGCUCCAGGAAGAGGUACAGAAGCUCGAGCGCGAGAUUCAGCGCCGCCUCCCGUUGGGCUGGACAACGUCCUACGCGCGUCUGCGCCACGAGUUUGUUGACAGGCAGCAGUACUCCUACCAUGCGUUUGAGCGCACCCUCUUUAUUUUGGAGAAGCGCGACGCGAUCCGCUUCUCGAACCAGCACAAGAGCGUCACGCGUAUGGGUGUGUAG